CUCUCUAAUAAAGCUUUGCCUUGUUUAAAGAAAAAAAAAAACUUCCAGAAAGAGCUGGUGGAUUGUGCAGGCAGCAGGGAGGUACAUGAGAGGCAGGAGAGCUGAUUUCUCUAUAUAAGAGCAGAAGGAAAAGCCUCCUAUCACAGGACAGAGAACCUCUUACUGACACUUAGCUGAGUACAGCUUGGAGCUCAACUGCUAGAUUCAUCCAGAAGUAAACACCUUCAUUUUAUUUGAUAUUAAAAACCUAAUCUGAUCUGGUGUAUCUGAAGGGAAGAUGGGAAAAGAUUAUUAUUCCAUACUAGGCAUUGAGAAAGGGGCUUCAGAAGAAGACAUUAAGAAAGCUUACAGAAAACAAGCUCUGAAAUGGCAUCCAGACAAAAACAAGUCUGCCCAUGCAGAAGAAAAGUUCAAGGAGCUUGCAGAAGCUUAUGAGGUGCUCAGUGACCCCCAAAAAAGAGAGAUCUAUGAUCAAUUUGGAGAGGAGGGGCUUAAAGGAGGAUGUGGCACACAGGAUGGUCCUACUGGUAACUUCCACUACACUUUCCAUGGUGACCCUCAUGCCACAUUUGCUGCUUUUUUUGGUGGAGCUAACCCGUUUGAAAUCUUCUUUGGUAGACGAAUGCCGGGAUGUCGAGAUGAUGAAGACAUGGAACUAGAUGGGGAUCCAUUUUGCUCAUUUUCAAACUUUGGGAUGAAUGGGUUCUCCAGAGAGAAGAAUCUGGUUGGCCACCACCAUCGUAAACAGGACCCCCCUGUAAUCCAUGAACUUAGGGUGUCACUGGAAGAGAUUUAUCAUGGCUGCACAAAAAGGAUGAGAAUUUCACGAAAAAGGGUGAACCCUGAUGGGAGAAGUGUUAGAAUGGAAGAUAAGAUCUUGACCAUCGAGAUAAAAAAAGGAUGGAAAGAGGGAACCAAGAUCACAUUCCCCAAGGAGGGAGACGAAACACCUAUGACUAUUCCAGCUGAUGUAGUUUUUGUGAUUAAAGACAAACCUCAUUCAAACUUUAAGAGGGAUGGCUCAAACAUUGUGUGUCCUGUGGAGAUCAGCUUGCGUGAGGCUCUAUGUGGAUGCUCAAUCAAUAUACCCACCAUUGAGGGAAGGAACAUACCGAUGACCAUAAAUGAGGUGAUAAAACCUGGAAUGAGAAGAAGGAUAAUAGGGUAUGGACUCCCUUUUCCAAAAAACCCAGAGCAGCAUGGGGAUCUGCUUGUAGAGUUUCAAGUGAUAUUUCCAGAAAGCAUUCCUCAAUCAACCAAGGAAAUACUGAGAAAACAUCUCCCAGUUUCCUAGAUACCAGUCAGUAAUAAACUAGCAGUCUAUACUCUGUACUACUACAAGAUGGUGUGUGCCCAAUAUCACUGUUUUAGGGUGUUUUGUGCACGUGGAAAUCUUGUGCUGCACAACCAGAAAUGAAGGCCAUUUAAUAUGCAGUUAGCAAUAUCCUGCUGAACAUUGCAAUUUACUCUGUGUCCACUGGAAGGCUUCUGUCAGUGAACUUUGUGUUGAUAACACAAAUACCACGGCAAUAAUCAUUUUAUUAUAUAGCUCUGAUGGUGAAUGCUGUGCUGUACUUGUCAUAUCGCAGCCUUCAUCCUAGACAAUGUGCUAUUCAUAAAAAGCAAACAGGAUACCUUGAGUAUAUGGCACCCUCCAUGGGGUAUAAAACUAGGGUCACAGUUCAUAUAAAAAAAUGGUGUGUGGUCUGUACUGUUGCUAUAUCUAACAUACCUUUAGAGCAAUAUCGAGCUGUGUGUGUAGAGUUGUAUUUUUUUUUUUUUUUUUUUAGCAUUUGCAAUGAUUUGUAGACAACAGAAUUAUUAAACAAACAAGCAAACAAUAGCUUAACCUCUGGAGUCCAAGAGGGCUGAGACUUGCUCCAAUGCUGGUACUUGAUGGUUAAUGACCCAAAUCCUCUUAUUUACAUCAUAAAUAAAUAAUCCCCCACAGGGGCUAUUUAUAGGUCGGUGUCACCUUACGGCAGAUAGCAGCUGUGCGCUGUAACUUGCAAAUAAGAUCCCCCAUAACACUUUGCCAAUUGAUAACGUAUAUGUUUUAUUUUUUUGCCUCUUCGUAUGCAUCUUAAACUCUGAGGUAUAAAUUCCCUGAACCAGAAAUUGUGGGGAAAUUCAAAGUGAAUUCUAAAUUCUAUUCUUAAGUAGGCAAACUAGAAACUUUCUUCAUCUGUUUCCAACUCUACUAUUUUUGCCCAAGGCAUGCAAGUUGUCAACUAUCAAGAAUUGCAGGUUUAGUGCAUAAACCCUCAUGUGAUAAACAAUACUGAGUCAUUUUGAGAAUGUCCAGUUCUUCUGGUGCUUAGAUUAAGGAAUAUAAGGUAUGUCUAAAGGCACCAAAAUAUUCUGCAGGGCUGGUUUCAUUUCUAAAUGGCCCCAAAAAAUGAAUUACAUAUGUUCUCUCUUGUCCUGUGUUUAAUUCAGUCACGAUUAAUUUCCACUGCUCCAAACACUUCACUGUGUAAAUCAACACUGUGCAUUUAAACGAACACUCCACUGCCCAAAUGGGCAAAAAAAUGAAUAAAAUCACUGUUUAGUAGUCUCUUCACGGGGAAAUAACCAAUUCUGAAUUGGUGCCCAUGCGCACACCUAGUCUGAGGUCUGGAGGAGCUGGUCUGAGUUUUGUUUUCGAGGAGGCAGGCACGCUUAUGGAAGCUAAUGGAAGAAGGCUGCAAACCUCCUUGGCUGUUUGAUUGACAGCCAGAGAGGGGUGUUUCCUAGUUAAUUCAUAAAAGUGUCAAUUUCUCAUAGAAAUCAGCACUCUUAUUAUAAAAUUGGGUUAAACUAGGAUACUCCUAACCCAUAAAGCACGCUGAAGUGCUUUUGUGGUGUAGAGUGGUCCUUUUAAUUUUGUGAGAUGGGAAUAAUUGCUGUGUACUUGAUUCCCCAUUGUUUUAUGCAAACACACCAUGCUUGCUAAUCUAAAUAGAAAUACAUUUUACUCCAGAUUCAAGAUUAACAGCUGCAUUUACCUGUAAACUUGGGCUUUCCUCUUCUAUGUGGAUUUCCCAAUAAAUCACUCUCAUAAUAUAUCCUAAAAUAAACUGUAAAAUACACUCACUCAAGAGCUGCCCUAUUAGGUAGUUGAAACUCUGGCGCUUUUCAGAUCAGUUUUAGCGCACAUGUGCAAUUGGAGAGGAAAACUUUUCAUUAGUAUAUCAGACUGGACCCAAUCAUGUGGGCAGUAUAUGGCAGUAUACCAUGUAUUUCUCUAGGUGGAGCUCUCCUACAUCUGAAAUCAUUCCUAGAGGUCAUAUCUGAAAUUCCUUAUUGUUGUAGACAGGUUACUCGCAAGUUUAAAUAUCUUUCACCCUAUUGUUAAACUACCCCAAGCAUUAGAAUUGUGACUUGUAUAGUGCAAUAACAGCUGAAUAGCUUCAUGUUAAACACCAAAUACUGCUAUAUCAGGAUAUUAGUCAGGGACAUAUUAUAAUUCUUUAAUUCACAGCCCAUUUUGUACUUGUUUACUAUGCACUGUUCACUAUACUUUGUAGCUUUCACUUUAUCUUUUGUACUGUAUACUAUAUUGUAUAUGCUGUAGCUUCCAGUAUAUCUCUUGUACUUUAUACUGCAUUGUACAAGUUUAGUAUUUAGGACCGGUAAAUGAUUAUGUUUAUUCUGUAGCUUUAUA